CAGGCAGAGCAAGCCAAUCAGCAUGUUGUCUUCUGGCCCCGCCCUGCCUGCACCCGCCCCUUCCUCCGCACGCUGAGCCCAGCACCGUCCAUAACGCGUUGAGGCGAACGCGGUUUGGAGCGGCCCUCCGGUGACUGGUUUCUACCCUAGGAACAGACCUCUUUGUUCACGUAAUGGGAUGAGCCAGGGCUAUUGCAGCCAGUGCUGAACUGACAGUGACCGCCCUGCAGGGAUUACAACGAUGAAUCCAGCUGCUGCCUGCCUUUGGGACAGCAGGGCCAUCUGCUCUUGAAAGAAGAAACCCAAGAAUCUGGCCACCAGUUUUCAAGGCCACCGCCUUUUCCCUCUGUUAUUUUCCAGGCCUUAAAACUACAAAUUAUUGACUGGAAAAGGUAGACAUCAUGUUCACAGCACCUGGCUUGGCAGCGAUUGGAGGAAGGCCUUAUUCCUGCAGUGUGUGUGGCAAGAGCUUUCGGUACAGUGCAGUGCUGCUGCGGCAUGAACGUGCCCAUGGUGGUGACAAGCGCUUCCGCUGUCUCGAGUGUGGUGAACGCUAUGCUCGAGCCUCAGACCUGCGUGCACACAGGCAGACCCAUGCUGGCCAGACCCUAUAUGUCUGCAGUGAGUGUGGCCAGAGCUUCAAUCACAACAGUCUACUGGACCUGCAUCUAGGGACACACAGAAGGCGGAGCCGCACCUGCCCUUGCCGCCUCUGCGGCCGUCGCUUCCCUCAUGUCCCUGCGCUGCUGCUGCAUCGGCUCCAUCAGCAUCCACCUGAGAAACCCCACCGCUGCCCACUGUGUGCCCGCUCCUUUCGGCAGAGUGCUCUUCCUUUCCACCUGGCACGGGCACAUCCCCCAGAGACGACCACUGCCACCGCCCCUUCCCCCAGUCCGCUGCACCACUGUACACAGUGCCCACGAGCCUUCCGCAGCAGUGCUGGGCUGCGGAACCAUUCCCGCAUCCACGUAGUCCUGAGCCUCAGCGACCCUGGCGCUGAGGCCCACCAAUGUAGUGUGUGUGGUAAGAGCUUCGGCAAGAGUUCCACACUCACACGACAUCUCCAGAGACACUCGGGGGAGAAGCCUUUCAAGUGCCCAGAAUGUGGCAAGGGCUUCUUGGAGAGUGCCACGCUGGUGCGGCACCAGCGAACACACACUGGGGAAAAGCCAUACUCCUGUAGUGACUGCGGACGCUGCUUUAGUGAGAGCUCUACACUGCUGCGUCACCAGCGCAGCCACCAGGGUGAACGGCCACACGUGUGCCCCACUUGCGGCAAGGGCUUCGGACAGCGAUAUGACCUUGUGGUGCACCAGCGCAGCCACACGGGGGAGAGGCCCUUCCCAUGCCCAGAGUGCGGACGAGGCUUCACAGACCGCUCAGAUCUCACCAAACACCUACGCACACACACUGGGGAAAAGCCUUACCACUGUGAGCUGUGUGGCAAGCGAUUCACCUGCAUCUCCAACCUCAAUGUGCAUUUACGCAAUCACGCAGGUCAUAAACCACACAAGUGCCCAGAGUGUGGCAAGUCCUUCAGUGUUGCCUCCAAGCUUGCACUGCACAGAAAAACACACCUAGGUGAGCGGACAGCAGAGUGCACAGAGUGUGGCAAAUUCUUUAGCCAUGGCCGGUCACUGUCACAGCACCAGCGGUCCCACAGACGUGCUCGAGCAGCUGCAUUGGCAGCCACUACUACCACCACUGUAGUCACGGAGGUGACAGUGGGUCCUCCCCUUGCCCUCACAGGGCCAAAGGAACAGGAGAAAUCAGGGCUCUUAAUGUCUCCAUUUCAGGAAACUUGCUAAGAUGGCCCCAUGAAGUAGCUGGGUGAAUACACAUUCAGUCCCAAGGAAAAGGGCAUAUCAGAUGGUUUGUAAGCCAGACCUACUGCUGUUGCAUUGUUAGUAGGUGUUCACCUAGCUUGCCUUGCCUCUAAACCGAGAUUCCCACUAGCUCUUCCAUCAUCCUUGUAUUCCCUAACUCUGAGUACGAGUCAGGAAGCCAACACCACACCCCUAUGCAAGACAGACCAGGUGGUUGUGUUCUGUUGCUGCCACUCCGUUCCCUGUUGUAUGAGCUCAGUUUUUUCCCUGGCUCUUCAGGCAAUGUAUUUGGUCAGUUAGGUGUCUUCUUAUCUGCCUGUUAAUCGCUCCUACUUUCUCUUGCUUGAGACACAUAGUUGCAGAGGUGAGACAGAGGCAGUGUGGAAGGGUGGAAUAGCUAGCUCUUCAUUAAAGGACCAAGACCUGUUGCAAGUUCCUCCUUUGAAAAGGUAAAAGCAGGUAAAGGCACCAGUUGACCUGAAUUUGACUCCUUGAACCCACAUGUGUCAUGACACAUAUUCACACACAAAGAAGUAAUUUUUUUGUCAGUAAAUGGCUCUUAGAACAAUUUUCUUUAGCCAGGGAAGAAAUGAUUGCCUCAUAACACAUAUGAAACAAAAGAAUGUUAUUUCCAAAUGAGGCUUCAAGGUACAAGGAAACAAGUUCCCUGGAGUCCUGGGCAAGGGCAGAAAGUAAAGCCUGGAAUCCAUCAAUGACUGCAUAUAGCUGGUGAAAUUGUUAACUUGUUUGGGUUUGUGAUACCAAGAACCCCUUUGUCAAAAUGAAUUCCAAGUUCUCAUCCCUUUUGGUGGUGGUUUCUUCAUUGCUGUAACAAAAUGCCUGAGAAAAUCAACUUAAAGAUUUAUUUUGGCUUGUG